AUGAUACCACCCUGCGACCCAGUCAUCCUUGAAAAUAAUCCCCAAUUUAGAAAACUCUAUCAACACUUGACAACCAAUUUACUCAACGCCGAUGGCUCGACACGAGCUAAUGAUGAGCAGCCAGUCAGAAAAGCAGUACUGGAAGAACUAAGAAGUUGUCGAGUGCGAAGCGCAACCAAACAGAUCAAGCAACAGACGCUCCAGGAGCUGGCUUUUGACGCUGACAGUGGAUUACCGGAUGAUCAUCGCGACCCUCUCGCCGUGAUCACCCUCUACCUUGAAUCGUCCCCUAGUCGGCUUGAACUCGAGCAUGGCGACGAUCGCGGACACGCACAUGCUCAUCCUCUAUCCCUCCUAGCUUCGGACAUUGACGCCUUCUAUUCCAUCAUUCCUGCACUAGUCAUACCAUUUUCGAACGCCUUGUCGUCCGCCCUUCAAGACCUCCGAGCAAUUGCGAACGCCGGAAAUAGCCCAGAUUGCGCGCCGUCUGCACCUGCGAUACUGCAUACAUCUGCAGUGACUACACGGGCUCGUGUUCGGACGAGCCGUAACCCAUCCAAGGCAAAACCACAGGCUCCUCUCGCAUCACAGCUCCGGGAGCGAUUGCAAAAUCUGCGUCAGAUACAGUUGUCGCAAAUACCAGCUGCUCGGGCGCGGAUGGCGAUAACAGCAGCAAAGGUCCUGGCAACACGGGCUGAGAUACUUAAGCAGACGGUUGUGUUGCUUGAGCGCGUUAAGCACGGAGCGCUAUCCAGGGCUACCAAGGCCAAGGCUGAACAUCUUGCUCUGGUUGCGCAGGGCGUGGAAGCGAAACUCAGUAUAAUGAAAUUAGACACUGCGGCGACAAUCUAUACCCCCGAGGUUGUUACUGCCCUUGACCGAUACCGCCAGCAUCUCCGGGAGACUCGUGAACGGCUGGAAGAGAAACAAGGAAACGUUCUUGAGGAGCUGAAAGCCUACGAAGGUGUGGACUCUGCUGAGGCUCAUGGGCCCUUUGCCAGUAACGAUAAACAGCAUUUUCAGUCUUGCCCGAUGCGAGAGAUCGCCCGACGCGCACACAAGAAGACACGAUCGCCCAACAUGGCCGACGAAGCUCUUUCCAUCUACGACGAAAUCGAGAUUGAAGACAUGACCUUCGACCCAAAUCUCCAGAUAUAUCAUUACCCGUGCCCCUGUGGCGACAGAUUCGAAAUCGCAAUUGAUGACUUGCGCGACGGCGAAGAUAUUGCUGUUUGCCCUAGUUGCAGCUUGAUGAUUCGGGUUAUCUUUGACGUGUCUGAUCUUCCCAAAGAUGGUAAUCAGCCGGCACCAGGUGCAGUUUCCGUGCAAGCGUAA